AUGGAGCCUUCCGGCUGCGUAGAGCACCCGCUCACGUUAGAUCCCGCGGACGUCGCAAAGCGUCUCUCGGUAGUCGGCGAUGCCUGGAGCAACUCCGAGGUGCACGAUCUUGUCGUUGUCUACAGCCGUGUGCCGAAGAAGGUCAUGAUAUGCUCCUCGAAGACGGAUGAAUCGAUACGGAAGGCCCGUGAGGAGCUUGUCGCGCUCAUAAAGGAGAAGUUUGACUGCGUAGUCAUGGUUCACGACCGUCUUCUCCCCUCCGUAAAGGCCGGGACCGAUCAGCUUUGGGGGGAGGUACACAGGCCACACCCCGGGCCGGCAGCCUCCAAGAACCAGGACGAUUCGACCAUCGUGGAAUAUAAGGAACUCGAAAUCGACGACGUGGAACUGAUCAUCGCAAUAGGAGGCGACGGAACCAUACUGAAGGUCAUCAAGAUGUUUCCGCACGUCAUACCGCCAGUUAUCGGACUCUCAAUGGGCUCCAUGGGAUACAUGGCCAAGUUCAACAUGGCGGAGGUCAAGGAGACGCUCAUGAGCAUAUGUGAUGUCGGCAUCACGGUGUCCAGACGCAGCCUGUUGCACGUCGAAGUGUACAGCGACACGGGGGAACUAAUCGCACGCAGAAACGCACUGAACGAGUGUGUCAUAGACCGGGGGCUAUCGCCAUGCAUCACCACGCUGGACGUGUACUACCAAGGGUCGUACUUCACGACGGUUAUAGGUGACGGCUUGCUCAUCAGCACGCCCAGCGGGUCCACGGCCUACUCAAUGGCCGCCGGCGGCCCAAUUGUGCACCCGGCGGUUCCCUCCAUGCUCUUCACCGUCAUAUGUCCGCACUCAAUUUCCUACAGGCCGGUUAUCCUGCCGAGAGAGGCGGUACUGGACGUCAUUGUGCCGCCAGACAACCGCGGCGACGUCAGGCUGUGCGUGGACGGAAACUACCACUGCAACCUCAAGCAGGGGUCAUACGUCCGCGUCACGUCCGCCGACCAGGCCUUUCCGCUCGUGCUGCCAAACAACACGCACACAGGUGACGAGUGGAUCAGGUCGCUCAGGGAACACCUGCACUGGAAUUUCAGGAUCCGGCAGCAGCACAUCGCGCCACGGCUCCAAUUGUCACAAACCCUAGUGGAAAAAAGAUUUAGCACCAUAAACUAG